UGGUGCGGAGAUGAGCUGGAUUAAUGCGGCGGUGCGAAAGAACGGGACGCUAACGGGAAACGGAAACAACUCAGGAUUUAACGGCGACGACAUACAUGAACUAGCCGUGCUGUUUUUGGACGGAAAGAUGAUUUCUCCGUGGGACAGAUGGUACACGACCAGCUGCUGCCUGUGCUGUCAUGUACGAACCGGCACCAUUAUCCUGGGCAUCUGGUAUAUGCUCAUCAAUGCAGUGGUUUUGUUAAUCCUGUUGUCGGCUCUCAAUGACCCAGUCCAGUACCACUACCACCUCACCAGCUCUGAACUCGGCACGGAUCUGGAUGUCAUGGACGAUGCAAACAUGUGUAUCGCUGCUGCAAUCUCAUUGCUGAUGAUUUUGAUCUGUGGAAUGGCAACCUACGGUGCAUAUAAGCAACAUGCUGCAUGGAUCAUUCCUUUCUUCUGUUACCAGAUCUUUGACUUUGCUCUUAACACGCUGGUAGCAAUAAGUGUUGUUGUUUACCCCAACACCAUACAGGACUAUCUUCAGCAGUUGCCUGGGACCUUUCCAUACAAAGAGGACUUGAUGUCCACAAACAACAUGUGCCUAGUAUUAGCAGUGCUUCUCUUUGUUGGAUGCAUCUUAGCCUUUAAGGCUUACCUUAUUGCCUGUGUGUGGAACUGCUACAGAUACGUCAGUGGAAGAAGCACUACAGAGGUCCUGGUUUAUGUCACCACAAAUGACACUACAGUACUACUUCCACCCUACGAGGAGGCCAUCGCCAUUCCACCGAAGGAUCCCCCUCCUCAGUACGUUUCAGCUUGAGAAUCACACCGCUCUCUUACUACGCUCCUCCCAAACCUUCUCCAAAGACACAAUCUCCGUCACAAUAGCCCUGGUCUCCUGUGUGUCGCUGUGUGACGUAAGUCUCCUCUCUCCUCUCCUCUCCUCUCUGGAGGCAGCAGUAUGACUUUGAGAUGCCCUUCCCUCGACGAGGCUGCCCAGCUGUCCUGGCAACCCAACGCUGUGUGUCAGCUCCAAUCUGAUUUGCACUUUCGGCGAUUAUGUGCGGCCCUGGCCUUUUUAAUACUGUGAACUACUCCGUAGUGUUGUUGUCUACAGAUAUACCUGAGAUUUGAAUGCGGCGUGCAUGAUAAAAACGGGAGUUACGUAAGAGCACUUUUAAAAUGGGAAUUACCUAGAAAUAUACUGAAUGUAAGAAACCGGCAUUUUCACUUUAAUUUCGUUGUACUGUACGAAAUAAAUAUGACUAAUUUUUAUUCAGAAUAUAACUAAAUUAGUUGUAAAAAAAAAUUAUGCGAGCAAUUCUACACCAUUUUAUCUAACAUAGUUAAAUCUUUUAAGUCUUCCUUUAUACACAAUGUCCCAAAACAUGAUGCAAUCAUUGAUUAAUAUUCUCUUUCAAUCAAUCAAAUGCUAAUAGUUAGUUUUAGGUGGUUUAGAUGUCGCAAAGACUGAACAAUCCUGCUGCUUGUGAACAGUUAUAAAGCUGUAUACACUUAAUAUCUGUGAAACUGGUUUAGAUUUGAAAUCAAGUAGAUUUGAAACAUUUUAAAGAUAAACAUUUUAAGGAUCUGACUUCAAAUUAAAGGACUUGUCGCUUGUUUACUUAAAUAAAAA